AGAGACGUGGGAGAAAAUGGAAGUCCCCAUUCAGAGAGAAUUAGAAUUAAUAAAGACAUUGAGACAGGAGAGAAGAGGAGGGAGAAGAGAAGAUGGGAGGCAAGAAGGAUUGAAGAAGGUGACUUUUAGUGAAGUGGCGAAAAGAGGAACGGGAAGUGGAGAAGAAGAGGAGCAGAAGGAAGAGGAUUGGGGACAAAGGGAGCUAGGAGCGGUAGGGGAAGAGGACAGAAGGGCAAAUGUAGGAGGGGAAGAAAAAGGGAAGGAAGAAAGUGGAGAAGGUGAGUGGAGACAAGUACGAAGGGGACUGAAGCCGGCGUGCUAUAAAGAUAGUGUGGAGGGAGUGGUGAUGGGAAAUCGGUUCAUUUGUCUCGAGUGUAAGGAGAAGACGGAGAGGAAAAAGAAGGAAGGAGUAAUUGAGAUAUUGGAGAGGAUACCGCUCCCCAGAUACAUGGUGGGAGAAGAGCCAGAGGGAGACUGUGAGUACGAGAGGUUGGAAAUGGCGUUAAACAGAGAUGAGAUGGAGAGAGAGAGGAGAAGGAUUAGGAGAGAGAAGCAGGCGAACAGGGAAUGGAUUGUGCAGCUGGAGAAAAGGAAGGAGGAAGAAAUCCUAGAAGAUGUGAUAAAGAUGCUGAAGGAGAAGAAUCUAGAAGGAAAGCUCGAACAGAUAAUGAGAGCAGGAAAGUACAGGGCAAGGAGAACGGUCCAUCCGGAUCCAGAGGAAGACUGGAACGAGGUGUAUACGCCUCCCUUUGAACUAAAUUUUGAUCAGAGAACAAAGGAACGGGUACAGAGGAAGAUAGAGAGGGAGAGGGAGGAAACAAGGAAGAGGAAAGAAGAGGAGGAAAGGGAGAAGAGCCUUUUAAUGAUUGAUUGGAAGGAGGUGAGGGAAAGUUGUAGGAAAACAGAGGAAAAGAAGGAGGAUGACAAGACGAAGGAAAGAGAGAGAGGGGAAGAAGAGGAGCAACGAAUGGAGGGAAGGAAAAUUGAGAGGCGAGGUGGAAACGAAACAGGGGAGACUGCACGAGAGAAUAAGGAGGAAAUGAGGAGGAGGACAGAAGAGGAGGAGAAGAGCAGUGGAAAGGAUCAUUUAAGCGAACAUGCGGCUUAGUAUAGAAACGGGGAAAAAGUGUAGGGAAGUGGCGAGGGAACAGGAGUGUGUUGAUAAGAGCGUAAGAGAGAUAGGAAAAAGAACAGUAUUAGAAUUUAAGACUAAAGGGAUUAAAGUAGGGGGGAAGGGGGAAAAAAAAAACAAUAAGAUAGGAAAAAAAAAAUGUUGAAAGAAAAAAUGAAAAAUGAAAAAAAAAAAAAUGUAUAGGCUAAAGGUGAAAUUAGAAUGUAAGGGCAUUAGGUAUAAGAUAGAUAAGAUCAAUUGUGAGUACUUUUCAGUUUAUGGGUUUGAGGAUAGGGGUAGCAAAAUAGUUAAUCAAGAUGAAGACGUUUUAUAUGUGUUAUUUUUGUUACGCUACAUUUGUAUUUUUGGUUUCUAUAAUCGAGUAAGAUCCAAGGAGACGAGAUGGACUCUGUAUGCGUGGAUAAUUUUAGUGAUAAAUUGUAUAUUAUUUUUACACGUUUAUAUAGUGGAUGUUAUUGAGAAAUAUCAGUAUUAUGAAAGUAUGUGGAGAAAGGAGGAGCGUGGAGAGAGGAAGGAUGUUUGGAUGGAGAGUGAAAGAUGGAUGGAGAAUCUGCACUCGGUUAGAGGGAAGGUUUGUAGAGGGGAGGAGAAA